AUGGACUACUCGAAGAGCAAAGCUGGCCCAUCACAUGAGAAAAAGUCAGAAAGCAUCGCAGAUGAAAAGAAAAGCGACGAGACAUCAACAGUGGCUGCGGCAGCGGCGGCGGAAGCACCGGCCGAUGAGUCGAACGCAGAAUCGCCAGAUGCGCCAAGCCCCGAUCAACGUAUGCUACGACAGCUUACGGAACAGGACUACCUUGUUGGUCAUGUGACGUCGGUAGUGGAACCGGUGAAGGACGGAACGGUGAAGGAGAAAGCAUUCAUAGCGGGCGGCACGAGUCAGACGGACGGCCUGCAGCAGAUUCAACUCUGCGAGAAUGAUGAGAAAAGAUUGCGAAUUGAGGCCAUAAAGAAUGAAAUACGCUCCGAAACGAUUUCUUGGACAAAUCCAGAACGCCCAUCAGAACCGUUCCAGUAUCAUGGUAGCAUUACAAUCACAGAUGUGACGGUCAAUGGGCAGACGUGCCAAUUUAUAGAACUCUAA